AUGGCGCAAUAUCUCUUCGAUCUGCUCUACAACUUCACGGACUGCAUGUGCUGCUUUCCCAGCACACCGCAGCUGAAGAUUAACAAUCGCAGUUUCAAAUUGCUCCGGCUGCUCGACAAGUCGACCUCCGAACUAUUUGCGCUGAAGAAGAUCCGAUGUCCGUUCGGCCAGGAGUCCGUCUCCCAGGCCCUCAAGGAGGUGGAGGCCUACAACCUGUUCACAUCCCAGACCAACAUCAUCCACUCCAUCGACCACUGUGUCUCCACCGAGCAGGGCUCGAAAUUCCGCGCCGAUGGCGGUGAGGCCGGGUCGAAGACGGUCUACAUCCUCCUGCCCUACUACCAACGGGGCAACCUCCAGGACGCCAUCAAUGCCAACCUCGUCAAUCACUCCCGAUUCCCGGAGAAACAGUUGAUGCUGCUGACGCUGGGGGUGGCCAAUGCGCUUCGCGCGAUGCACCAGUAUCGGGUCAGGAGCGGCUCUGGCCCCACGCGCAAGGCCAAGGCCGUCAGGAGGGAGGGCGCCGCGGCAGAUGCGGAGAUGGGAAUGCGGAUGCCGAAGCCGAAGCGACGGGAAAGCCAGCAUGAGGACGACGAGGAGGAGCACGAGCCAUUGAUGGACGACGAGGUCACCAUCAGUCAGGAAGGCAUCGAGGACGGAGAUAUUCGCCCGUACGCCCACAGAGAUAUCAAGCCUGGAAACAUUAUGAUCGCCGACGACGGCCGCACGCCAAUCCUGAUGGACCUUGGGUCGCUGGCGCCCAGUCCCAUCGCCAUCACCUCCCGGUCGCUUGCCCUGGCCGUCCAAGACACCGCCGCAGAGCACAGCACGAUGCCGUAUCGGGCGCCCGAGCUCUUUGACGUCAAGACAGGGUCCAUCAUCGAUACCAAGGUGGACAUCUGGUCGCUGGGAUGCACCCUCUACGCCUGCCUGGUGGGCAAGAGCCCCUUCGAAGCUCGGAGCGAAGAGACCGGUGGCAGUCUAAGCAUGUGUGUGCUGGGCGGAGACUGGCGGUUCCCCGACGAGAAGUCGAGUGCCACCAAGGGCAAAGGAAAGGCCGGCGGCGACGACAGCCGCAAGGACAACACGCUGCAGAUCAGUGCACCGGUGAAGGACAUUGUCCGGCAGUGCCUACAAGUCGAACCGGCGGACCGGCCGGACAUUGACGAGCUGAUUCAAAUCCUGAAAGAUGUCAUCCGCGAUCUUCCGGAAGAUGAUGAUAUCGCGAACGCCAUCCCCGGCACGGUGACGCUUCUGGAUUUGGAGCAUGUCCUCGCCACCCGCCAUGCCGACUCGGGAGACAGCGACAUCGUCCUCAUCCCCGAACCCUCCAGUGACCCCGAUGAUCCCUUGAAUUGGUCGCCACACCGAAAGGCCUUGUCCACAGUCUGCAUCUCCGAUGCGACUGGCGUUUCCGUGACCACCCUCAACCAGGGCACGGGGUAUAUGUUCCUGUUCGCCGGUUGGGGUCUGCUGUUCUGGCAGCCCUUGGCGAUGCAGUAUGGCAAACGACUAACCUACCUUCUUUCCCUGAUCGGGAUUCUGGUGAGUCUGACCCAUCUUACGGAGACUAUCUUGGUACUGACCAGCGACGAUAGCCCGUACAUCCACACCAAUGGCCAAUGGAUCGCCCGGAGUAUCAUCUCCGGAUUCUUCACCGCGCCCAUCGAAGCGCUCCCCGAGAUCACGGUCACGGACGUGACGCAGUACUUCACCCACGAACGCGGAACCUACAUGGCGUUGUACGCCUUCUUCCUAGCCGGAAGCAACUACUUCGCGCCUGUGAUCUGCGGCUUCAUCGCGCAGUACCAAGGCUGGCAAUGGGUGUUCUACUGGCCCAGCAUCUUUUGCGCGGUGGCCAUCGUAUUCCUGUUCUUCUUCAUGGAGGAGACGAACUACGUGCGCGAAAGGCCGGGAGCCGUCCUCGCGACCCCCACGGACGCCUCCCCGCGAACCUCCGAACAAGGCGAGAAGGAGAAGAUCCCGCCUGCCAAGGUAGCGCCUCACACGGACACGGAGUGCGGCGUCAUGUAUAAGAGGAAGACUUAUAUGCAGAAGCUGUCGCUCAUAGGGCCCAAGUUGCCCAGGAAUAAUAUGUUUCGCCGGUUCUAUCAGACGCUUUAUUACCUCAGCUGGCCUGUGGUUUUUUAUGCAGGCUCCCUCCUCACCGGCCGCUUCAGCGACUGGCUGACCCUGCGACUCGCCCGACGCAACAACGGCGUCAUGGAAGCCGAGCAGCGUCUAUGGCCCUUCGCGCUGUGCCUAUUCGUUGUGCCUGCAUCGCUGCUACUAUGGGGCGUCGGUGCCGCACACCAUGUACACUGGUUCGGGCUGAUCGUGGCGAUGUGCUUCCUCGCGAUGGCGAACACAUGCGGCAUCACCCUGAGCGUCAACUACCUUGUUGACAGCUACCGGGAACUGAGUGGCGAUGCCAUGGCCACGGUGAUUCUGGUCCGGAAUACCAUGUCGUUUGCUAUGGGAUAUGGAAUCACGCCCUGGGUCGAUAACCUGGGCUACCAGAACUGCUUUAUCUCAGCUGCUUUUGUGGGUAUGGCCUGUGCGGCGGUGUUCCUGGUUAUGACUAGGUGGGGGAAGAUGUUCCGGGUGCGCAGUCGGGAGCGGUACUGGAAGAUUGUGGAGGAGAAUUGGGAGAGGGGAAUGGGGCAUUAG